GCUCCCAGCAGCGCUUCCGGCACUGCCCCAUAGCAACCGUUGCGAGGAGAAAGUGCAGCUCUCACGCGGGUGACUCCUCCUGCGCGUCCCUGGCCAUGGCAGAAGUAGAGGAAACACUAAAGAGGAUUCAGGCACACAAAGGGGUUAUUGGAACUAUUGUUGUAAAUGCAGAAGGAAUUCCAAUCAGAACAACCCUAGAUAACUCUACAACAGUACAAUAUGCAGGUCUUCUUCAUCAGCUCACAAUGAAAGCGAGGAGCACAGUGAGAGAUAUAGAUCCUCAGAAUGAUCUAACCUUUCUUCGGAUCAGAUCAAAGAAACAUGAAAUCAUGGUAGCCCCAGAUAAGGAGUAUCUUCUAAUUGUUAUUCAGAACCCAUGUGAAUAGACUUGCCGCAACAAUAUUUUUAGAGAUACCAAUGCAAUAAUAAUCCUUUGAUUAUUUUCAAACAUACCACUGAGUUCUUACAUAAUGUAUGUAACUUGUCAUUGCUGAAACUUUUCCAAGCUAAUAUUCUCAGUUGUAGCUGUACUUUAACUUAUGCUUGCGCAAAACAAACAUUGUAUGUGUAGAUAAAUACUCAGAAGACCAACAUGUUUAAAACCUUUUGUUAAUGGAUUUUCUGGCUAAUUCUUGUAACUAAAGAAUUCUCUUUACAUCACAAGUUUAGGUUGUUAUAUUUUGGGUUUUUUUUUUUAAAGUAGGAAUCACAUUUCAUGGAAAUCAGUAACUUGUGUAUGUACUCGUAACUAUACCCAUAUAAACUCAAGAAUACAGGAUUAAACAGGUUACUCAUCUUGGUUCCAUUGGGGGUAAAGAGGACUGUGUUCUGUUUCUAGAAUGACCAAAAUGCAGUAGUUACAAAGAAAUAAUUUUACUUCCACCUUAAGUACCCUUCGUUUCUAAUGAACAAUUGAAUCACAACAGCUUCAGUUAAAUAUUUAAAGCUACUGCUGAAGAAAGGUCCAGAUGAAGAGAAUGGUCCUUCCACCUUCAAUUAAUGCAAAACUGUUAUUAAUUUGUGUUUACUGGCAAUUCUAGAUAGUGCUUCUAAGUAAACUCCAUCAGAACUCUUGAUAAAACACUCAAAUGUGACCACCUUCAGAUCCAGCAUGUACUGAAUACAGUGAGCCAUUUCUUCCAGCAUGUUUUGCAACACUGCCACAGAUUUUGCAGUUCUCUCCAAAAUUGGAAACCUGUUCAGACCAUUGUUUUAAGUCAGACAGUUAAAGUGUAUGUAGAUUUUCACGUUACUAAUGAUUCUUUAAAAUUAAAGGUGAAACUUUUUCAGCAUCACUAGGUCAAGAACGGUUUUAUGCUGAUAUUUCAUCAUGGGGCAGGAGGUAGGAACAAUCUGGAAAUUAGAAGUGGCAGGAAGCCUGGCUAAAGAGACCCAGGGAGAAAAUGAAUCCAGUUGCUUGGGAAUAACAGAAGCCAAAAGGAUGGUUUUUGAUGGUGCAGCCACAGUAUAAUAUCCACUUACUGGGUGACAGUUGAAAAUAUGAAUGGCUGUCAUGAAAAGGACCAUUACAUGGAAAUAAAUAUAGCAAAUCAAUCUCUUUACAUACUGAAGUAAAAUAAAGCAGAGCAUAUGUUUGAACAUUGCUAAUGUACUCUGUGCUGUACAAGAAAACACUCCCUACUUCCUAUGGUCUUUCAUGUAAAUUAUUAGUUCUAAAUUUAAAGUGACAACAGUUCAUUAGUGAAUGUUGGCAAACAUGUACCAAAACUAAGUUUCCAAUUUAUCACCUUCCCUAGUUCUGUGGUAGUAAUGCUUCUUAACAGCAAGCCAGUCAUUGUCAAAUGUCUGUCUAACUUUUAUUCAUAAAAGAAAUACUUUGGCAUUUUGAGGGAUAUCCUGUGUAACAAGUCAAAGUCAGUGUGUCUGGCUUUCCUUUCACUUCCUCUAGUUAGCUUCUGGACUAAUUCUACUGCAAAUCAACAGUCACAGCAGUGUUGAAGGGAGGAGAUGUAGCCCCAUUCUUAUUUUGUCUAUUUUAGAUUUUUUUUUGUUAACAAAUAACUAAAUUAAUAUCCAAUAUAUUAUUUUUGCAUUAUAUUACUCCAGCAAACUGCUGAAGUUAGAUAAUAUUACAUAGUAAGGACUAAGUUGUCAAAAAUAUCAGAUGGCGUCACCCCUUAAUACCUUCCAGCGCCAUGAAAAAUGGCCUUCAGGCAGACAUGGCAGUACUCUCAUGCAUAGAGAAAAGCUUUGUACAUGGCAAUAUUUGUUCUUCACUUCUGUUAUCUUUCUUUUGUGUGUGUAAACGUCUUUCAAACUUUAAUCUGAUAUUCUUGAAGCAAUGAUUAUCACUUUGAUUUGGGUCCCAAUUUAUCAAAGUACUUGAAGGGGUUAAGUACACUAUUGAAUAGGGAUGAACUUAAGUUCAAAGUUAUAUUUAAGCAUGGAUUUAAAGCCAGUUGAAAUGAGACUUAAGCCCAUGUUCAAAAGUAAGCACAGACUUAAUUGCCGAAAAGGGGCUUUAAUGUGUAGAAAUGGUUUAUAAGUCAUUAUAUGCAAUCUUCAAAUGUCCAAAUAAUGCUCACAAAUUCAUUCCCAUCACAACUCAUGUUAGAAGCCCUGGGAGUCAUGGAUGCAGAUCUGAGGGCAAAGUCUGGUCCACUGUUGGCGGUGUAACUAGUGACAAUUGCAUGAAAUUGCAAGCUGAGUUUUCUGUUCCUAAGUGUACUGUAGAUUCUUUACCAAGGCUCCUUACAAGCUGUGCAAGUAUAUGCAGUAUUAGCAACAUUCUCAUUACAGACUAUAAAUAUA